AUGGAUGACGCUUCUUAUUUGUCUGCAGAAACCGUACUAAAAACAAGAUUGGCCAUUGAUGAUCGACCUAUCAAGAACCUGGAAAAGAAAAUCAACCACUGGUUGGCCACUUUAGCCACUGAACCCAUCGAUGUCGCUCAAUAUAGUUACGAAACGUUGCUCGUCCAAAUUGCUUCGUAUCAGACCAACAUUGACCGAUUAGCGCCCAUUCAACAAGUUAAUAACGAGGAUGUCCAACGGUAUGCUUCAAUGGUGGAUCAUACAGUAAGGCAGGUUCAUGAUUUCGGUAUUCAAAGGCCCAAUUUUCGAAUAGUCAAAGCGGUGGAGCGGACUCGAGUGGAAAUUAAAGGCCUGAAAGAAGAAUUAUCCAAAGCGCAGAAAAUUCGAGACAACAAGCUGGAAUACGACAAGGUGGCUCGCGAAAUCAUGAAAUUACAAACACGGGAUGAAUAUCACAAAUCCAUUGCUCAAUUGCAAAAGGAUAUCGAUAUGUUGAAACAAGAAAAGAUUAAACGUGAAGGCGCUUUUGAAUCUCGCAAACGCAAUUUGGCAGCUCUGAUCGAUACCACGAAACAGCUGCAACGGACAGUCGAAGAAGAACGUGCCAUGAGUCAUGAAUCUCAAAAGAUGUUGAUGGAUAUGGAUCGAGGCUACGAAUCUUCGGACGACGAAGAGGAACAAUCAGUCUCGCCUACUACUGCAGACGAUUCCAAACAAUCACAUCGCUUUAAAGAACGAAACGACGAAGAUGACGAAGGUGAUGAUGGGGAUGAAGAAGAAGGCAUGGUUAUGGAUACCGACGAAGGUGCGGUGAUCAUCGACAAAGACAAUGCAUAGACUGUUUUUUUUCUCUAUUUUUUGGUUUGCAUCCAUUUCAAAAGUCAUUUUGCAAGUGGCAUCACAGUUUUCUUGUAUGAAAUUCCGCCGGUGCAACGUGCAGAUCGUCACAUCCAUCUCUCCCACUAAAGCAUGUUCUGCUUCAACGAAUGUAUCUCUCCUUUUGGCUCUCACGGUGCCGGUUUGUAAAAAAGAAAUCAAUUGCAAUAAAUAUUACCACUCUGUUUCCAAUUUUUAUCUCAAAAAAGCGCCUCGCAAUUUGUAUCAAUGAGUGACCAUAUUCGAAUAUGUAAAUGACAGCCAUCGUCCCAAGGAUUACUCGCGUGCAUGGAAAAAUUUUGGUUCAGCAGGAAUUGAAUGGCG